AAAACAGUCCACAAUCCUUUAUUGGAAUGACAUCCUUUGCGCUGCAUAUAGGCACGCCCACUUCCUUGCAGAAUAAUUCUGUGCGUAAAGAGGCUGCAGGCCACAAGUAAUACUCCCUUCUUACAACAUCUAUCCUAUAGCGGUAAACUCACAGGUUAAUAUAUCUUGUUCAUAAAGGACUAUUUCUGAAAUAGCCGAAGGGUCGGAUAGUUGAGCUGUCAGGAUGGACCGGAGGCAGUCCCGCAGCGCAGGAAGGUCGCGUCGGGAGGAACGUCGGUCGCAGUCUGUUCGGUCAUCUCAGGAGUCAUCGUUGGCCGGGAACCUAAGUCCAGGUCGCCACCACCAUGGACACCGUGGUCGUGAAGGCGGUGGCGGAUUCUUCAAAAAUCUUUUUGGUCGUCGCGACAAGUCGCCCAUGGACCAGCGCCCUAGCCAACAGCCAUUCCCGAUUGAGCCCAACGCCCCACCACCCCCGCCGGUCUCCUCCUCUCCAGCUGCGAAGCUCAAAGCUAUGCUCAGCUUUGCGCCUCACUCGCACUCCCGGCAUACUAGUCCUACGCCAAACCGCACAGCUGAGCCAGACGACAUGCAGGUCAAGGACAUGCACCACCGGAUGCAGCUGCUGCAAGCCCAGGUGCAGGACUACGAGCGAAUCAAGGCGCAGCUGGCGGCAGAGCAGCGCUCGGCACAGGAGUGGAAGGAGAAGUGGAACUAUCAGAACUUCAAGCUGAACCUCAUGGUGGACAUGCUGGUCCUCCGCGUGCUGGAGCUUGACCAAGAAACUGCCGCUGCUACUGCACGAUGAUGUUUGAGAAUAGGGCUGAAAUUGCUCUGCACGAAGGUAGCACCGAGAAGUUCCCCAUUAGGAACAGCCAGACUCGGGUUUCGAGCCCGUCCUUUGGGCAUGAGAGGUGUGACAGAAGGUGCGGUUGUGGGGUGCACGGGACUACUCCUCAUCACAGAUCCUCGUCUACUGGACUGCGCUAUAUCAUAUAAUGUACAUAAUAACUCUUCGUCCUGAUGCCGUGAGGGGGGGGCAAACGUGGUUAUGCAUGGAGCCGGCUGAAGGCUGUCGUUCAUUUGUCAUUCAUUCUGAUUUAAGGCGUUUGUUGUGCGCCCUGUGAAAGGAAAGCACGGGGACCGUGACACGAUGCAUGUACCUUUAUACGGUGAUGGGGGGGCUGCAAACGCAAAUCCUGACAGCUGAGACUGGCUCGGUAAGCGCCACCCAUUCCAUGAACACCUGCUGGGUCCCGGCACGCGCCAGCCAGCCCUCAUCAUGAGGCUGUAUACCGUAGCCCUUUUGUGUAAGGGAAUUGCCUGCGUGGCCUGUUUGAAGCCUUCCCAGUACUCCGGUAAUGCGCGGAUCCCGCACUCCUCCAGGCUUUACUUGCACUCCCCGGCGUUUACAUGCAGCAGGCCUCGGCUCCAUGGAUUCCAUCUAGCGGGCAGCUAUGACCUCGUGAGCAAGGCUGCGUUACGUGCUGUUAUGUGUAUCGCUGACAGUACGAAUGACUGCUCCAGUUGUACUGUUUCUACUCGACGUGCAAUCUGUAUACACGUGGGCACGGGUCGGUUGGUGCGUUACCAUCCUUACCAAGGGUGCCGGGUAGGCGGAAGGCCUUACACAGCCCUUUAAUGUAUGGCUUUGCUUGUCCCGUUUGCGCAUUGCACUAAUGUGAGCCUUAAACGCAAAUCCAUGCGUUGUCAUGUGGGCCGUAAACUGAAAUCCAUGCAUUGUCAUGUGCUCCAUUGAUGUGGGCUGGUUCAGAAGGAAACGGCCCGUGGGUCACAUCACUACACUAGUGUGUGGGUGGCAUUGUAUAAAGCGCAGUGGGCGUUUAGCGUCCAGCGGUUUCAGGUUGUUGUACAGUGAUUUCCAGGCAGUUGCCUGUAAGGCCAACCAGGGAAGGGCGAAUGUUUUGAUUCUGUCACAGUCUGUAGACUUGGUUCCCAUGCGUUGCUGCUUGCACGGAUUUGGGGCAGGCUAUCCGUUGGUUGACUCGGGUAAUGAUGACACGAAUCGGAAACAGCGCCGCCACCUGUUUGUGGGCCCUUUGGUGCGGUAACUUCAUCCUCGGUUGGAUUUUUUCCAUUAAGAAGUGAGCUUACAUUAGCUAUGAUGAGCCAGGCGUCCCCGGGGUCGCCGUCCUCCGUACUAACGAUGACGCAUUCCAAGGGUCACUUACUCAUUGUAACGCGCCAGGAGACAAGUAAUAAG